CGAGAAAACGUAGAUAAGGUACAAUGAACAAAGGAAGUGUUAAUAUGAACUAUACCAAGCAAUAAGCGAGUGUUGAUUAACAGUGUUAUGAUGUCACAGCUUCACGUCGUCAUUGCGUCACUAAACGUAACGCGUAGGAUAUAUUGCGUUCACUGCGUUCAGCAGCAUACUAAUUGUGUUCUUGUAAAUGAACAGCGAAACAUUGACUGGUAUUGUGACUUGGUUUACGAUGUAAGCAUGUAGUUAGUAUAUAUAGGCCUAACCUUAAUGUUUAAUCCAAUUCAUCUGAUAAAUGAGUCACUUUUGUAAAUAAUAUCUUGCACAAAGUAACGGUUUACAAAAUAGUUCAUUGGGACAUAUUUCUAUCAAAUAUAAUGCCACAAGGUUGAUAUGAUAUAUAUAUUUUUUUUUGCAAUGACGUCAUCAUGGGUGGCCGAUCUUGUAAAAUUAAUUCAUCGAAUAUGUUAUAAAGAACGCGCGAUUUGAUUGGAGGACGCAGCGCAUCCUCACAAGAAUCAACACACCGCAGCGUGAAAGUGAAUACAAUUUAAUUACACAUUUUCAACGACAUUUUGGAUAUUUUCUGACGACCAGCAGUGCGACUCGCCGAUAGAAAAAAAAAAUCAAUCGGCCGAGAAUUGCAAACAUACAAAAGGCCUUUUGAUUAAAUAGGAACAUAACGUUUUAUUGCCGAAAAUAUACAUCGUUAACAUAUGGAAAUAACCUGUUUCGUGAAAUAAAGUAUUUUAAAUACCACGAGGAUUUGGAAUAGUCAACAAUGUCUGUAUUAUUACUCAUCUGACAGACUGGAUCGAAUAAUAAAAUCCAUUGUUUAACAGUGUGACACAGUUGUGAAAAAGUUGCUUCAGUUCUUCCAGGUGACGUUGUCGUAGCGAACGCGAUUGCCUUGAAUGUUUAUAUUUUUUUCGUCUGGAUCAAUUACUGUAUGUUCUGCUAUGGACCGAAUCGUUAUAAAAUUCAUGUUAUUUUCAUUGCUUUAUGUGCCACAUUUUAGCAAUGGAAUUGUGCAGGAUCAGGGCCUGCAAAACAAGGCCACGAAGCAGGACAGGAAAUGCGAGCCCGGUGAUGUAUAUAGCUCCUCUAUGAACCAUUGUCUCACAUGUUCUCUUUGUGAUACGUUCCCAAACUCCUCGAUCUGUGUCAAUUGCAGUAAAGUGACAAUAGAUCGAGUAGGUAAUGAACAGAAGCUGACGAUGGAUUUAUUAAAUGGAUACAACAAACAUCUUCGGCCAUUAAGAAAUUCUUCCAACGCGGUCGAUGUUUACUUCACUUUUAAAAUGAAACAAAUUGUUGAUAUUAGUGAACGAGACCAGAUUCUAAAAUUAAAUAUGCACAUAUAUGAACACUGGUACGAUGAGAAACUUGUAUGGAAGCCAGAACAUUACGAUAAUAUCUAUGAAAUAAGGAUUCCUGGUUCUGAUAUAUGGAUCCCAGAUAUUACCCUAUACAAUACAGGCGAAAGCAAAACCCAAGAUUUCAUGGAUAAGCUGCUCUUAACAAACGCCGUUGUCAGAUAUGACGGGCUUGUACGUAUUGCCAGUAAGCCCUUCAUUGUACACAGUAUAUGCCUCUUAAACAUUACACAUUUUCCGUUUGACUACCAUGAAUGUUCACUGAAGUUCGGCUCUUGGACAUAUGAUAAAAGUUGCUUAGAUUUGUUUAACGCCACGGAAGCGCCGAUCAUACAAGAACUAAUGCCGAACGAACAAUGGCAAAUGCUUGAUACGUAUUUCGUACGAAAUGUAGAGCCUUACGUCUGCUGCCCGGAUGUAUUUUACGUCGACGUAACGUGCAUGAUAAAACUUCAUCGUAAACCGCUUUAUUAUAUAUAUAACCUAGUGAUGCCAAUAUUUCUGUUAUCCGCUUUAUCUAUGGUUGGUUUCUGGAUGCCAUAUAGUGUCGCAGUUGUGAAGGCCUCACUCUGUGUUACACUGAUACUCUGCUUAAAUGUAUUCAUGUUGAUAGUUGCAGAUACAAUGCCAAGAACUUCUGAUCAUUUUCCUUUAAUCGCCCAAUAUUACAUUGCAAUUAUGCUCCUAACGUCAAUCUCAACGGCCAUGAAUGUGCUAAUAUUAAACAUUGUUGACCGAGGAGAGUCGAAUACAACGGAAGUUCCUCAUUGGUUGAAAGUGCUAACUUUUGUCUACCUGUCCAAAAUCGUCUGCAUAAAAUUUACAUGUGCGUCUGGCGGUGAAGAAGAAGAUUUAGAGACAAGUAUGUGGAGAAAACACGUAAGGAAAAAAAGUCGCCACCGUACCAUGGUGAGAUCACGUACGUCGUCCAGAAGUUCUCUUGUCACGCGGACAGGACAUGGCCGUAGUUCAACGCACCUUGUACCACGUGAUAUGAGCAAUUACAGUAUGUCUAGCCAGUAUGGUAUACACGUUCCGACAGCCAGAUCAAUUGAAGAGCAGAACGCUCUGGAGGAAACUGGAAACUUGGAUUCACACAAUUGUAUUUACAAACUAUAUUUGGCGCGCAUUGCCACACCGGUUGAAGAUAUACUUGCCAGUAUACGAACUGCCAGUGCGAAAACGCAACGCAAUGAACGAAUUCUGCGCGACUGGCAACGCGUUGCAGAGGUCAUCGAUCGUUUUAUGUUCUUAAUCUACGUUAUUAGCACAAUUUCUGUAACCCUGGUUUUACUUUUGUUUAAUCCACAACGGGCGAUGAGUACACAUACUGCUACCAGAACCGCUAAUUUAGUUAAUUCAUCUCGACCGUGGACUUGGAUAGAUCAACUUUAAACAAUGGUUUAAUAACCUUUUAAUAUAUAAAGAAUAUUUGCAAGAGUAUAUACAUGGAAAAUAGUAGACUAAAGCAAAUCGAAUGAUUUGGCCAAUUAUUCGUAUAUGCAAAAAAUGGCGAGAGUACAUGUAUACACUGUAUACACUGCAUCUACAUAACGCACGAAAAACAAGCAUCUCGAUAACAAUUGAAAGUAGGCUAUGACGCUCAUGGGAACUCUAAAAACACGAGUUUUGGUUCGUCAUCCGCAAAACAAAAACAACUCAUCUUGUCACGGAAUUGUAUCUGUUUUUCUUUUACUUUAUACAAUUGAUUUAUUAAGUUUAAACUCAUGUAGCGUAAUCACCGCCCACCUCGGCAUUGCUCGACACUUCGGCAGGAAGAGGGCGAGUAUCGGCAUGGGAUUGGCAUUACCUUGUGUGACAGUCCUCAAAACGAAUGACCCAUUUGUAGGCCUACGUAGCCUACUGGUAGUAGACACAAAAACUAUAAAACAAUUCUACUUAGUGACGGUGCCAGGUAUUCUCCGACGAGGUGUCGAAGGUCCCCGACAUGAGGUCUUCAAGCACCUCAGACCCCACCAUAGUUGGGGCUAAAUUGAGCAAAUUUAAGCACUGGUAGAUGUCCACAGUGUUUCCCGACGAAAUGAUUGCCUUCUUUCUCAACCCAGGAAGAGUCCUGUUCCUUCAAUCCCGAUCUCUCCACUAGCGCCACCACUACUAACUCUACCACACGACUAGGCUUACUAAAUUAUAUUUUUACUGCUCUGAUGCUGCUACAAAUUGCUGCUACCUGUCCCGAACUGCAAUUUGUUUUGGAAGGGCAUUAUACAUCUCCAAAUCUUGGAAACAUUAUUAAUAAAUUACAUUUAUUAUGCAUGAAGCAAUACCGAUAAGUUAUCAAUGCAGUGUAUAAGAAUACUAUAUAGGCCAUACGUCUAACAGUGGGAGGGGGAGGGGAGGGGUAAACGAAAGUAAAAAUAUAACAUACAGGUAGUUAAGAAUUGUCCAUUAUAUAAACGUGUAUGGUAUUGUUUAUCAGUCAUAUCGUAAGUAUGGUGUAGAUUGUAAAUAGUGAAGGCGUAUGUUGAUAAAAUUCGAUGUUAUUAUGUUCAAUAGGAAAUGUAAUCCGGUCAUUAACAACAAUUGCGGCAAGGAUAGAAUGAUAAUUAUCUAUAUGUUGCUGCAACUAUUGUGGACAAGCACAUAGCGUCAAUACAGACACCAAACUGUCAUUCGCUUCCCACGAGAAUCAAGUUCUCAACUCUAGGCGCGUUAUUGCGCAACCGCGAGCGCCACAAAGCUCAGACGACGCAGGAUCCUUUGGGAGUGUGCAAAGCGAUGCAAACGUGUAUCAUGUAUUCAGGAAAAAAAGAACCAGUAUUAUUAGCAUUUUUAUGUUGAGCUAAAUUAGGGAUUUGAAAUGUCUGUCUACACAAUUUGAUUACAUUUCAAUAAAUGUUUUAUUUAAGUUGA